GAUGUAACAAGGUAUGAAUUAUGAUCACCAUUUUUUAACUGAUAUGUAUGUAGUCACGUUUUUUAUAUUAAAUUUCUUAUCUUUUGUUAGGUACGUAACAUGUAAAGAACUAAAGCAAGCAUAAUUUUGUCCACACGGUCGUCGUAUGUGAAGUCUUAUUUCUAAAACAAAGAAUAAAAAAUGGCUUCGCCACCUAAGAAAUUAAAGAUUGAGGAAAAUGGAUCUCGUUUGAGUAAACUUUUAAUCAAUAAAGGAACCCAAGCCUUAAAAACAACACUGCAAUCUUUAUUAAAGCCAUCAAGUUUAGCUAGUAAACUUAAAGAUCCCUCUACAAAGAAGACACUAAAAUCUAUAAAAUUUAAAGUCAUUAAGAAUGAGCAAUGGGAUCUUCUUUACCCGUCAGUUGGUGACCCUGACAUUGAAAACUUUGACAUCACAUUAUUAACUGUCUUAUUGCGAAAUAUAUGUGGUCUAAAAGCGCCAACUAGAGGAUGGGAUUAUCUUCCUUCCUCUUCAGAUUCUUCAGACUCAGCAAGCAUUGCAAGAAUAAAGUUUUAUCGAAACAAAGUGUACGGUCACAUAACUACAACUAGUGUAGAUGAUAGUGAGUUUGAGAACUUGUGGCAGGAAAUUUCAAAAGCAUUGGUUGGUCUGGGUAUUCGACAAACUGAAAUUGAUAAAUUAAAGAAAGCUCCCCUCACUACCGAUGAGGCAAAUUAUAUUGAAAUGUUAAAAGAAUGGUAUAAAACAGAAGAGCAGUUAAUCGAUGUCACUGAAAAAAUCAAAGAAGAUGUGAAAGUAAUAGAAAGAAAUGUUAUAGAGAUGAAACAAGAGAUGGUAACAAAAGUUACGAACUUAAAUGAGGAUGUAAAGAAAACAAGAGAUGAUGUAGCAGGAGUAAAAAAAAUGUUACUGGACAAAACAUAUUUAGUUGUCGAAAAGCUUGGAAAGUGUAAUUUCAACGGUCUUAUAAAAAAUCUUAACAAGAAAUACCUUGAAGGCACUAGACAAUGGUUAUUUGAAAAACUCAACACUUGGUUUAACGAUAGAAGUGAAGACGCUUCUAAUGUCAUGAUUUUGAUUGCCGGUCCUGGCGUUGGUAAAAGUGUGUUUGCUGCUGAGGUGUGUCGACGAUAUUCUGAAAAGAAGAAACUUGCUGCUCGUCAUUUCUGCAGAUAUAAUAGAUCAGAUUAUAGAAAUCCUCGAAUAUUGAUAGAAUCAUUGGCUAGUAGCAUGUGUGAUACAAUAUCAGAUUUCAAAUCUAAAUUAAAAGAAGAAUUACAGAGAAAUCAUUCCAAAGAAUCAAUCGCCGAUGUUUUCCUUGUUUUAUUAAAUAAUCCAUUGCAUUCAUGGGAAGAUCAUGAACCAAUGCUUUUGGUUAUUGAUGCCUUAGAUGAAAGCCAAGUUGAUGGCAAAAGUGAAUUGUUGGAAUUGAUUGCAUGA